UAGUGAAGGCUGCUCUUUAUCCUGCAUUGUAAAGUAAAACUUGUCUUUUUAGAAACGUAUACUGAAAAUUGGUGCAUAUCCUGUGCUUCUUUAGGGUGUAUUAGGAAACUGGGCCGGCCACUGUCAGGAUUGUCCUGUCGGUAGGUCGGGAGGGAAAGAAACGUGAGCGAAACUUAUCCUCCCAAAUAUUUUCCUGCCGAGGUGCUUUUCGAGCUGCCUCUUAGGUGACUGCUUUUCUUUUCUGAAACAAAGUAAAAACUACAGGUAGAAAUCAAGAAAGUCUCUCAGACUUCUGGCCAGGCAACCUUUUUAACGUUUUUCUGUAUGCGAACUGGUAUGAAUGAAAGACUGGAAUUUGAAAAAAAAGGUUUUGAUGUGGAUUCAUGGCUACAGAAUAUCCAGGCAGCUAGGGAGCAUAAAAGCUGCUUUCCAAAUUUAGAUGGCAAUUUUAGAUGUGAUGCAGGAUGUCAACUAUUCUCAAGUGUGCUAAAGUCCAAUUCUGCUGACCGAGCAUCUACACAAAUGACCAGGCAGUCUCUUCAGAGUCAUCUUUAUGAAGUGUAAAAAGUGGAUAGUGGCUCACAUGUCAAAGGAUGGCACGGUCACGCUCUAGAUCCCCCAGGUGGAGGCACAGGUCUUUAUCACCAGUACCUAGAAAUUCUGAACACUACAAGCAAAGACCUGAGCAUUAUGGCUAUGAAUAUAGGAAGGAUCCAAAAAGACCCGUCACUUGGAGAACGGACAAUGAGAAACAGGGACAGAGUAAACCAAGGAUUCCUUCUCGUGAAACUAUACAUUACCGAUCUUACGAACAUAGAUCGUCUUCCCCAAACAUAAGAAGAAACUCUUUAGAAAAUUUUUAUACUUAUAAGCCUCCCCAAGUAUAUUUACCAGGAAGAGGGGAUGAUAGUAACAGAAGAUCUCAGUAUAUGCCCAAAUACUCAGAAGGUGUACUCUACAAGGAGCACCAGAGGAAUUGUUAUCCCCAGAAAGUGCAAGGAAGGUAUUUUCCUGAUGACCACAGAGUUAGAGGAAGUGGAAAAGGAGGGAAACCGCCUCUGAGGUCAAUAGCAGAUUCUUUUAGAUUCGAAGGACAGUGGCAUGAAGAUGAAUUGAGGCACCAGAGAAUACAAGACGAAAAAUAUUCUCAGUCACUUAGAAGAGGCUCUGAAGAUUUUGAGAAAAGGAGCUCUUUUCAGAUGAGGUAUCCUGAGGAUCGUGAUUUCAGAAAAUAUGGACACACAUCAAAAAGACCUCAAGACGUGGAGAGGUAUGAAAACAGAGAGCCUGCCAGGAGCCCGCAGUGGAAGUCCAGGCAUUUUCUCCCUUCUUACCAAGAGAAGAAAGAUCAGUGGAACCUCGGACCCCAAACUCUUCGAUACGCUCCGAGGGAAUUCCCAGAGACCAGUUCAGCAGCCAAGGUAUCCUGUGACUAUCGCCACAAACAUCGUAAGACCUCAGAUGGGGACCAGGACUUUUAUGAUGGAAGAAUUCAGAAGUACUCUAAGGAGGAAGAUAGAAAAUUCGGUUCUCAAAAAGGCCCUGUAAAUAGAGAAUCCGAUUGCUUUAAUGCUGGAAGAGGGAGAGAGGCUGAAGGUGGGCAAGUCAAAGAGCCUUUUAAGCCAUCUAAGAAAGACUGCACUGCCUGCACUCAUUCAAAUAAAAGCGACGUUGGUUUGAGACCCUGUAAUGACAAACGGAAGGACAAAAUAAAGAAAGAAGGGGCUGGCAGAAAAGAGAGCAACUCUUCCCAUAACCGACUUGAUAAGAGUAAAAAACUUUCUGACUCGAAAGCUUCAUCUGCCGUUCUUAGGAAGAAAUCGCUCACAGUUAAAGUAGAUGUGAAGAAAACAUCCAGGGUUGCUUCUAGCUAUUCCACAGAGAGACAGAUGUCACAUGAUUUGGUUGCUGUUGGCAGGAAAAGUGAAAACUUUCAUCCACUGUUUGAACAUCUUGACUCAACUCAGAAUACUGAAAACAAACCUACAGGAGAAUUUGCUCAGGAAAUCAUAACUAUAAUCCAUCAAGUUAAAGCAGAUAAUUUUCCAUCACUUGGAAUUACUCUACAUGAGCGUUUCUCAAAAAUGCAAGUUACGCAAGCUGCAGAUGUAAAUGAAUUUAAAUUGAACUCAGAUCCAGAAAUUCACAGGAGAAUAGAUAUGUCUUUGGCCGAGCUUCAGAGUAAACAAACUAUGGUAUAUGAUUCAGAACAGACUCUGGUCAAAAUAAUAGAUCCAAAUGACCUACGACAUGACAUUGAAAGAAGGAGAAAAGAACGGUUACAGAAUGAAGAUGAGCACAUUUUUCACAUAGCUAGUGCUGCAGAGAGGAGCGAUCAGCAUUCCAGUUUUUCAAGGUUGAAGAAUACUCAUGUUGAUGGAUUCCAAAAACCUACAUGUUUGAAUUAUCAUACUAUGCAGAGAAAAGACGUCAUUACUCACAAACCAUUUGGAAUUGAGGGAAACCAUCAAAAUACAAGAGGCUUUAGAAGAACUUUUAAGACCAACUUUAGAGGUGGCACAUUUCAGCCCCAGUAUAAAUCAGGCCUAGUACAGAAGAGCUUGUGCAUUCAGGCUAAAUAUCAGCGUUUACGGUUUGCUGGUCCAAGCGGAUUUAUCACUAAUAAAUUCAGAGAAAGAUUACUGAGGAAAAAAAAGGUGCUGCUUCUCUUCCUGUCUCAUAUGGCAAGUUUCUUUGCAGCAGAUCUUCUAGGCAUUCAUCCCCAGUCACAGGUGGCAGCCUGGCUGUUCUCAAGGAAGCUGGUCAUUGAUCCCCACUCGAGGAGGAAGGGUGAGGCAAGCCUUUUCCUCAGUUGCAAGGUUGGGUUUCAGAUGAUUUGGGGCUCCUGAGUGCUUACUUGACUGUCUGCCUCAGCCUGCAGUUUCUGUAUGCUCAUUGAACUUGCUCCAUUUCCUCAUCCUUUUCUUUGCCUCAGCUUGCCCCAUUCCUGCUGGCCACCCAGUUCUUCCAGACCACAUUGCCCGCCAGUCUCACUUAACAACCAGUAGAAACCAGACAUCAAGCCUUCAUCUUAGGACAUAACAAGUGUGUCCUAGAAAGAGCCACAACCUGCUAUGGGUCUCCAGGCUUUAGGGCCUAGGCUUUUUGUAUCAUCUAGAAUGUAGCAGUUGCUGUUAGAGUCCUGGGCAGAUCACAGCCUCGCCUUCCUCUUGCCUUUUGCUGCCAACUGAGAGCUUUAGAAGUCGUCGCCACACACUAGAUUUUUAAAGAACCAGUGUCUAUUACUCUUUUUCUUGGGCCUACCAUUCUGGAUGCUGCUUCCUAGAUGUUCGUGUUGUAGCUACUUUGACAUGAGCUUUUUCAGCCUGGCUACUUUCAGUACCUGCACGCAAGGCAUAGCCAGGCUUUGUAUAGAUUUGUGUUUGAACUAGGCCCACCUCUAUGAGCAUGGCGUGAAAUCAGGCACCCUACUAUUAGCACCCUUCUGAACAGUUGGGCUCCACACUCUCCUAACCUUUAGGGAAAGGAAUGAGGCAUCACAUCUGCUCUGUUUCUGCCAAAGUCUGAACUAAGGUACUUUAAAAAAAAUCUUAUUAGUUAUCUAUUUUAUACAUAUUAGUGUAUCCAUGUCAAUCCCAGUCUCCCAAUUCAUCCCACCACCCCACCACCACCACUACUUUCCCCCCUUGGUGUCCAUACGUUUGUUCUCUACAUCUGUGUCUCUAUUUCUGCCCUGCAAACCAUGAACUAAGGUGUUUACAGCUUACUUGGCCUUAGAGCUGUCCUAGUAGUGUUGUGCUACCCUGGAAUCCCAUUCCAUAUGUACAGACUGACAAUUUAGACCUAUUACUCCAUUUUACCUUGGCUUUCAUGCCCUAAAGAAAAGAAGUGAAGGCCUGGACUCUUUGGUUUCUUCCAGUGUUGCUUCAUCCCAAGCUUUAGCAUUGGGGGGGAACUUUGAAGGUCCUGCCCUGGAGAGAAGUCUUAGUCCAGGCAGCAUCUGUACCCUGCUUUGGCUUUUUGUCCUACUAAGGAGUUCAUUGUUUUCAUUAUUAGACCACCAACUAGAUUAAGGAUGCAUGGUUAAUUAAUUAAUCUAGGUGUCCUGGAACUUCUUGAACCUGAAAUUAGAUAUGAACCUAUGUAUUUCCACAUGCCUCAAAGUCCACCAGGAAAGUUUAGACUGGUCUUGUCUGGAUUCCUCACUCCCUCACCAUAUUGAAAUGUCUGGGCUGUCAGUCAUGGCCUGAGUUUCUUAUACUGUUCAUCUAUAGUAUAGUCUGGUUACUGUGCCAUCAGACAUGUGCUUCUUGUGUCCAUUGCCAAACAGCUUCCGGGAAGAGUUGGGGAGAUCCUAGAUGUGCUUCUGAUGUGUCCUCUUGUCCACUUACCAGAAUAAUCGUGGCCUCCCUAAAACUGAAUUCGCUCCCCAGCUGCCUACAAAGUAGUAAGAUUCCCAAGCAGUAUUAGUAAAGUACAGAACUAAAAUGCUUCCUCCUCAUUCAUCAUGCACUUGUCAUAUUAACCCCAUUCUGGCACCCAAAUUCCAUUUUAUUAUGUUUCCUUUUUCUUGGAUUCUGUGCUUGGGGUGGAAGAUGAGGAGAUGGGAGAAAUGUCUCUUACCCCCUGGAAAGCAGCUUGUGUUUUAUCCACUGUCAUUCACAAGCACCCCCAUGAAAUAUUCUCUGCUCAUCAUAGAAGGUUUUCAGAAACUCUUGAGGGUCUGACUAUGUACCAGACUAGGAUGGAGAACCUAUUCAGAAUUCAUGAAGCCCCCGCUGGGAACAUUGCCUCUGAAAAACUUGUAGCAAUUGUGUGUUUGGUCAGGAAAACAUGGAGUUCCUCAGCAUCCUAGACUCUCCAGUAGUCCCCUGGUACCUGUCAGCUCGGUGCCUACCAGAGCUCUGCCCCUGGAUAGAAAGGGGGGAAGGAGAGAGCAGAAAGACACUGUGAGAAGGAAGUUAAGAGACCAGGAUUCAUGGCUUUUGGGGUUGGAAAAAAACCAUUAAAGACAUGGGGUACAAAGAUAGAACAGGAACCAAGAUCAGAUCAAUCAGCAAGAACCUGUUAUACUGCUGCUGUGUCCCUCGAGCUGAAGGAUGCUGGGGCACAAAAGAAGUGAUUAUUGUGAUGGUUGCACAACUCUGUGAAUACACUAAAAACCAUUGAGUUGUACACUUUAAAUGGGUGAACUGUAUGGUAUGUGAAUUAUAUCUCAGUAAACUGUUAAAAAUAAAAAUAGCACUUGCUCUCCUCCCCAGACCACUGAUAUCUCCUCAGGGUCUGUAGUUCUCACAGCUAGCCAGCCAAGCUAGAAACUUGUCGUACUAACCCUCCCAGUUUUCCUUCUGACUGCGAUUGUCACAGGUGUUCUUAUUUGUAUCACCCAUCCAUUGCUCCAUCCAAUUCAUUCAUUUUAAUAGCCGCAUAUCAGUCCACUCUAUGGAUGUCUUAUUUAUUUCAGUGCUUUUCAAACCUCUUUUGCUUACAUACCCUAAAAUUAUGAAAAAUUAUCUACCUCCUUGUACAUUUUUAGGUUGGUAUCUAAUACUUUUUAAUCAUAAGUUUAACUUGUUAUAAAGGAUAGAAUUUCUGGCUUAUUAUAAAUAGAGAGUCUUAAAUAAAACUGUUACCUCAUUGUUUUAAAUCUCUUCAGUGAACCUGCACACCACAGGAAUUUGGUAACUAACAUCCAUUUUUUUACAGUAUGCAGAUGAGCUCUUUUAACAAGUGGGAAAUAUUACAUCAUUCUUUUUUUUGCCUUGAAUUUGAAUUCCAUUCUGUUUGCCCCAUAGACUUUUUU